AUGCUUUCAAGAUCGCUUCUCACUAUCCUCGGUGCUCUUGGCUAUCUAAGCCAGGGCACCAAUGCUGAGAGCCAUGGCAAUGCCGAUACUCGAGAUCUCAGCCGAAGAUUUGACAAUAGUCAACCAACCACUCUUUCGACGGCCAUUGUACCCACAGCCACAGCCAGCCUAGAGACUGGUGUGGGCUUUUGGCCAGCAUACACUCCGGAAAAGGACCAGAAUGUCAAAUUCGGCGACAGUCUGAAGAUCACCUGGGGCUAUGACCCUCGCUGGGACGGCAAACUCAAAAUCACUCUUAUUGGCGGCGCCGUACAAGAGAAGCAGACCGAUCUCGGGGUCAUCGCCGAGCACGUGGAGAACAAGCAAGGUUACUACAUUUGGAAUGUCACGAAUGAAUUUGUUGGAAAGCACGCGGUUUAUGGGUUCAGCGUUUUGUACCAGGACGGCAAGACUCAGCAGUACUCGAUGCGUUUUCACAUAGUUUGA